GUGUUCCGCCAUCUCCAAUCUUUUCUCUAUUCCUUUCGUCAUAUGGCGUAGUAGUGUGUUCGCUUUGUCCGCCAUAUUAAAUGAAAUCAAUAAAAUAAGACAAAAUGUCGCCUUACUAAAGUGUGUGAAAAUAAUCCAAUAACAUCCAGUUCUAGUGUGAUUAAAUCAUCAAGAGGAUCACAAUGGAGAAUUCCUACGGUGUGGGAGUCGUGAACAGAUAUGCUCUUUUCUUGGACGAUGAGUCCGAUCCUCUUGAUGCGUUAAAAGCGCGUGAGCAGGCGAAAGAGCUCAAAAAGAAAGACCAAAAGAUGCGAAAAAAAGAGAACAAAGGCAAACCUGAGGUGAAACCCGCCAAAGGCGGUACUGCUCCCGCCCGGAAGGGAAUCAAGGAGACUCAAAAUGUGAAGUCUCAGGACAUCAAGAGCGGCGAACAACUAAAGAGCAAGGGCCCAGCACGGCCGAAUGAGCGCAAUGCGGAACGCCCGCCGCCUCGCCGCCGUGAAGACCGGCCGCAGAACGGCACCGUGGAGAACAAGGAAGGGGCGCCGCGGCCUCCAAGACGUGAGUUUGGAGACCGUCGCCCCAACUUCGAGCGGCGCAACUUCAGCGACAAUCCCGAAGGUGCAGAGCGCCGGGGACCGAGACCGCCGCGUGAGCCUCGCGACGGACCGCGCGGGCCGCGGCCUCCCUAUGACAAUCGGGGCAAGCGCGAGUUCGACAGGAGAUCGGGAUCCGACAAGACCGGCGUGAAACCGGUCGACAAGCGCGAGGGCGCCGGCCCGCACAACUGGGGCACGCUCAAGGACGAGAUUGAUGAGUUUAACAAGACGGGCUCCGAGGGCGAGGCGACAGAAGAGAAGGCGCCCGAGGCUGGCGCCGGCGAUGGACAGCAGCCCGAGCCGGAGCGCGCCGCCCCCACCGAGGAGGAGCCGCGCGAGCUCACCCUCGACGAGUACAAGGCGCUGCGCAACGCACAGCGCACCCAGCCGCAGUACAACCUGCGCAAGGCCGGCGAGGGAGAGGACCUCAGCCAGUGGAAGAACUUGGUGAUGCUCGAGCGUAAGAAGGAGGGCGAGCGCGGCGAGGACGAGGACAGCGACGAGGAAUAUGACCUGUCGGACUAUCCGCAGCGUGUGGGCCGCCAAAAACGCGUGCUCGGCAUUGAGUUCACGUUCAACGACCAGGCGCGGCGCGGCGGCCCAGGUGGACGCGGGCGCGGACGCGGUCGUGGUCGCGGCAGGGGCGCUCCGCCCCGCGAAGAGCCGCAGCCCGAGGAGCGUCCAGUGCUGCGCCAGACCACGGCGCCGCCUAAGGUGGACGACAGCAAGGACUUCCCCUCUCUCAGCUAGACUCGCAGUGAGCCUUUGCUCUUCUCCCUUUCGAAACUACGAUAGAGUUACAAAUUAAAUAUUGUACCGUUAUUUUUGAAGUAAAUAUACAAAAUAUUUACAUGA